AAAGUGAACUAUUCGACGGAGCUUUAAAUACGAAAAAGAAAUGUGUCUCUGUCUUGGGCCAUUUAAAUCGGGCAAAACUCUCUUAAUGAAAAGUCUUCAAGGAGACGAGAUCGAUGAUGCGACUUACACUGUACCUACCAAUGGGAUAAAUUUGUUUACUGUAAAAAACGAUACUGGGGAAUUCGACAUGGUAAUCAAAGAAAUCGGAGGUAGCAUGGCACCGAUAUGGAAGCAUUACUUUGACAAGAUUCAUAAAAUAAUCUACGUAGUAGAUACGAGUAAUCUUUGUCAAAUAAGCGCAGCGGGUGUAUUGCUCUAUUCCUUCCUGGUGGAACCGAGAUUACGAAACGCAAGAGUCGCGCUUAUUUUGAAUAAGAUGGAUGUUUCAUACCGUCAAAUGAGAAACGAAGCUUUGUUGAUGCUGCAAUACGCACGUUUGCAAAGAGAAGUAACGCAGAAGAUUACCGUAAUGGAAACCAGUGGAAUGACGGGUCAAGGUGUACAAGAUCUACGCGGCUGGUUAUUCGACCCGGAAACACUGAAAGCCACGAUCAAUGCUAAUAAAUGAGCAAUUAUUAUGUCGUUA